CACACUCCCUCAGCUGCUGAUGUACACACACCAAGAUGGCGCAUCAUACCUCCAGCCAGCCACACCACACCAGGAAUGGUCGGGGCAUCAUCCCUGGACGGAGGGUGGCAGCGACAGCAGCAGCAGCAGCCAUGGUACUGUUGGCAGGUUUAGUGGCACUGAUGGCCAUCACUUGUGCUCAGGCCCAGACUGUUACUUACAGCUUCACUCAGUUCCCUUACAAGGAGUCCGUUGGUAAUGAGAAGGUGUGGUCUGAAUAUGAAGUCGCCUGUGCACAGUCACCUAGGUGCUUAGAGCUGCGGGGUGUCCAUCACACCCGUUGUGUUCGGCAGUGUGUGUCCCCUUCAUGUUACCUGGACAUAUACACUCAUGAUGAGUUGGAGGAGGGAGAAAUUGAUGUGCGUCUGGCAUCCUUCAAAGGUUGCUUCCUUCAACGAAUGUCUCGACAACGACGCCCCUGAGGCAACCCUGACGCCAUCCUCGCCCACCCCAGGCCCUCAUCAACAAAGGUGCCCCUCAGCCCAGACCCAUUGGCACAGGUGUGGGCCAGGCUGUUCAUCAGGGACCUGGAGGAGGUGGCGCUCAUGGUCUACCCCUGGCCAAGAAUACCUAUAACCAGGUUUUAACAAGUACAUAACCAUUUUUAUCCUUUUUAUAUAUAUAUAUAUUUUAAUUAUUGGUCUGUUACAGAAAUUUAGAAUGACUUAAAAAUUAUGAAAAUAAUGGUGCUGUAGGUAACAUGAUAAUUAUGUCACAUGAAGUUAAUGACACAACAAAAUACUUCACUUGAGUAAUGAUUAUCUUAGGUUAUAAAGAAUUACUUUAAAUGUUUUUAGGUUACUUUAAUAAAAGUAAUACAGUAUAUAGUAAACCUUUUCAAAUUGUUGAUAUUUUAUAUACUGUGCAACUACAGGUAUAUACACAGUUUUUCUUUUGCACUGAAAAUUUAGAUCCCCUCUAAAGUACACUUGCUCCAAAAAGUAUCUUUACGAGACAAUAUGACACAAUGGACAAAGGAUUUGAUAAUCCUACCUAGACAACAGGAGUGGAUCUAUCUGUAAAGAUACUUUUUGGAGCGAGUGUAAAUGUGCAUCCUACUUUCUACCUGUGCUUUAUAUUUUCCCACACAUUUGAAAAGUAAACAUGAAAAUAUUAAUAUUUUUCUUCACGUGACAGAAAAAUACAGCAUCCUAAAAGUUAGGUUAUACUGUAGUACAGUACUGUACUGCCCAACUAGUCCCUUUUAUGUUGCCAGGUUAGUAGCUUUUAACAUGCACUCUAAUACUAAUCAUUGUCCUUUAUCCAAUUCACAGUUGUAUUUAGGAAUAUUGUUUUAAUGCAAGUGCUUUGAAUGAUGCACUUUAAAACAGACCUUAAAAAUGACAAUACUAACUUGUGUUGUACUAAAAUUAACAAUUCAUGUUCCUUAAUAUAGAUUAAAUGAGGUCUUCCUUGGCUUUGUAAUUCAUUAGAUAUGAAGAAUUAUCUUUUGAACCAUAAGCAACUGUUAACAUAAAGCAUCUUCUUACAGUUUCAUUCCUUGGUAUCAACAUACAGUCAACACCUGCUUAAUGUACAUUUAUAAUGGUACCAUAGGUUACAUACAGUACAUGGGACCCAUGCUGGACCUGUCCACCUCCACAAACUCUCUGACAUCUUUGCUAGUUAUAAAUCAGGUAAAAUUAGGAUAAUAUGUUCUGAAAUGUAUCUCGGUCACACUGCUACUGUGCCAAUACAUUACAGUACGUACUGUAUUUCCAUAAGUUUAAUAUUAUCAGGUGGGUCAGCCACAUGUUUACUUCCCCCCCCCCCCACCUAAAUAGUCUUUAUUUCACUUGAAACACACAAAACUUUGCACAAAGCUGUUUGGAAUUUUAAAAAAAGUGAAUGGAAUAAUAUGAAAUUGUCAUAGAUGAUGUUAAACCUUAAGCUUAGGACUAGUGAUAAUGGUAAUACAGCAUCGAAACAGUAAUAGUAAGAGUGUCUUCAGCUUCUGAAUACAGUACUGUAUAUAUAGUAUAGGGAUUUUCUGACCAUGGUUAGCCAUUAAUAUACAUGGCAUGACACAGUUUAAUCACAUUUGAAACUCCUAAUGACCUUUCUUCAGUUCAGCAGUAGCAUUUCUUUUUUUCUUCUUUUAUUUUUGAGGGGCAGGGGUUUGUAAACUGAUCUCCAGCACUGAAUUAUAUUGAGAUAAAUAGUGAUGGACCUGAACACAGAAAACUGCUGGUGUAACUCAUCAACAGAUCAAGUCAUGGAAUAUUAUAAUGUAAACUCAUGGAGACACAAAGACUAUAUCAUAUCUUAGAACUGGUCUAUUAAGAAAGGUGAACCUAAGGCUUUAUGAUAACUGUAAUUAGCUUUAAUUCUGGCUAAAAUUGGCCAAUGCCUAAAUGUUAAACUCAGACAUUCUGAUUGAUAGUGAAGAGCUACUUUAAUGGUAUGUAGCCUCCAAUCCUUGACAGUAGUGGCUUAUAUCCAAGCUAGGUAGUAUAUUGUAUAUACUGUAGUAACAUACAAUACUUUCACCAAUUUUUUUGGCCCUCCCCCCCCCCUUACCGUAAGAGGGCUUUAAUGCUGCUCCUGUCCAGCCAUACGUUGAAAAUUAGGUUUUGCAAGGAAUGUCUUAACUUGCCAUAACCUCCAAAAUUCAGUUGAUAUAAUCUUUCAGGGGAAAAUAUCACCAGGUUGCUACACUACUAUACAUUGCAGUAUAUGAUGCUAUUGGAACUGAUCUUUGUCAAACGCUGAGUGAAUGGCAGGUCACAGAACAAGUAUCCUAAAAAUAAUGCAUUAUCAUGUAUGUCUAACUGCCAGAUACACUAACUACACUCAACACUUCUGGAGUACAACAAGAAAGCUCACACAUUUCCUCUUCCAAUUUUUACAUCAUUAAUGAUAACUUUAAUGAUGACUUCCAAGAGCUUUAAAAAUAAAUGAAUAAUAAAUCCAGUGACUGAAAGGUUACAAGAAAUGUUUUCAGUGCCAAUAUUUAUAUGACCAGAUAGAAAACUUGGAUUAGUGAUGCAAUUUUAUACAUAGUGAAUACCUGUAAUAUUGAAAUAUGUUUUGCAGAGCAGAAAACAUUGAAUCACCUAUAGAGUUUAUGUAAUUAAACUGACCUAAUUAUUUAAUAAGUUUUUUUAGUUUUUUUUUUCUCCACAAAGUUAAAUGUAAUGAAUUCAAGGCUCUUUAUUCUUGAUGAGUUAAAACCAAACAUCAGAAUGUACUUUUAAUUACCCAUCGUGGACUUACAUUAUUUUCAAUGAUGAUGUUCUUUGAAUAUACAUAUAUAUGUUUUUAAAAAAGGUGCUUCUUAUUACACUUACUUACUUAAACUACUUAAACUAUUUAUCUUUUACAAUACAAGAAUUACUUAAAGUAGACAUAAUUUUUAUUGUCUGAUAUAUUGUGUUGUAAUAUUGUUAACCAUUUAUAGUGUACUGUAUGUUGUAGUUUUAGCUUCAUAACGAAUUAAUUAUGUAACAAUUUACUAUGUGGAUUUGUAGCCUGACUGGAUAUACCAUGCUGUUGUUUUACCUAUUUGCUACUUAGCCAUGAUGAGGGGACAUAUACUACUUUUUUUUUUUACAAAGGUUGUCCGUACCUCAUCCAUAGUGUACAGUAACUGGAGAUACUGUAGUGAGCCACAUAUUGCAUCUACUGUAGGCAUACAGGACUUCAUACUUUCCUACUUCUUAUGUUAGGAGGCAAAAAUUCAUAAUUCAUUCCUUGACUAAGAUUUUGAUGCAGUCCAAUAUCUGUUGGUAGAGGCACAUAUACUGUACUUGUGUAAGUAAACAAUUACAGCGCUGUACAUUACAGUACAGGUUGGACCUUGCUAAUCCGGGAAGCUUGGGAUCAGACCGGCUCUGGAUUAGCGAAAAUUCCGAACCAUUGAAGCUGAGGCUAAGAUAGGCAGAAUAAUGCAUAAAAUGUACUAUUACUGUCUAAUUUCCUCAGCAUAGACAUCUUUUAUAAAAUAGUUAAUGUCACAUGCUUUCAUUUUGCCACAUUACAACCACUUCCACAGCUUGUUGGUCUCUUAGGAGGCAUAUUUAGGGGUAAAUUAUAAGUAUUUAAAGGUUAAAUAGUGACAACAGCCACUAGAAGUGAGCUAUGACACCGUCCGAACCAAUGAAGCUACCGGACUAUCAGGUCCUGGAUUAAUGGGGUCCAACCUGUAUACGUAUACUGUAUUUGUUGUAAUACUUUACCUUAAAAAUUAAAUUUUUAACAAGCAGUUGCUCCAUAAAGAUGACUGACUGAAUAACUUCUAUCAGAGAUGUUAUUACUUUACCUUAUUUUAUUUGCAUUUACAAUGAACAAGGCCCUAUUAUUGAGCAAUAGGCUGUCUUCAUGAAAAAACCCACAGCAUAUAAUUCAGUUACAAAAUAUAUUGGAUGGCUAUGGAAAAGUUAAUGUGUACAGUACUAUACAUUGAGAGACUAUCAGUCAUGACUGUAAACUUUACCAAAUACUGUAAUUGAAUGACUGAAGAAAAUAUAAUGAGUCCCAUAGCAAGUACAGUACAGUAAUCAAGUUUUCACAAUACAGUAUGUGUCUCUGUGUUAAUCUGACUUUCAACAUAUCAUUUGUAAACAAAUUUUUUUUUGCUGUUCAAUUUUUGAGUGAACUAUUCUUCUGAUUAAACUUAUAUCCUCCAUUGGUUACAACGUUGUGACUGUUAGGUUCUGUUAGCUAAAGUGUGUGUAUACAGUACAGGGGUUUCCGGGUUAAGAACGGGUUCCAUGCCUGGGGACAUUCUUAAGUUGGAUUUGUACGUAAUUCGGAACACUGUUUAAAAUCCCACUACACUGUACAGUAUAUCAUAGUCUAAGUCCUGAUAUACAUCUAAAAUCACUUAAUUUAAGACAAAAGAAGACAUAGAAUGACAAAAUACAGUAAAUGAAAGUGAAAAAUAAGUCAUCAUAUAAAUAAAAGUCUGUAAAUUUCAAGUUUAACCCCGUUCUUAUCAGCGGGCAUUCGUAAGUCGGGGAACCCUGUACCUGUACUGUAUAUGCACAAACUGUAGUGUAUUCUAGUAUUCCCUGAAUAGAUCUUUUAAUAUUGUAUUUAUCUUGUCAGUAAUGAGAAAAAUUAAGAAAACAUCCGCAUUAGUCAAUGUUUAAUUUCUGUAUUUAUCUGUAUGAUGUAGGCCACUUUCCACGGUUAUAGUGCCAGACAAUCAAAGCACAAUCUUGCCUAAAUAUUUGAGCUGUUGGCCAGCUACACAACCUCAAGUGCCAUGCAUCAAUGCCAAGAGUAUUUGUUGAGGAGUUUUUCUUGUCAGUUAUGAUGGUUCUCACUUGAAUAAAUCAUCAAUUGGUUGAUUGGCAUACAGCACAUCCUGCAUAUAGAUUAGUGGAUUAUGGCACUAGCUUGGCUUUUUUGUCGGUGAAAUCAGAACAAACACAAAAAUUUUGAAGGUGACCUUAGACAGCAUACACGUGAAGAAAAAUGAGAGGUUAAUAAGAGAAACUGCCCGGGCGGCUAGCGAGCCAAUCUUUUGGUGAGGAAGAUAAAUGAAAAGGAAAAGUAAGGAUAAAAGUAAAAGUUAAAAGAAGCCUACAGUGUGGCAUUGACAGGUCGGGAUACUUAUUAAUAAGAUUAACUAAUAUUGAAUGAUUCUGAGCAUUUAUUAGACUGUUGUUAUUGUUGUUGUUGUAUUAUGGAAAACCUUGACCCUCAUACAGGUAUUUGUAAUUGUUAUUUUACUGUCAUGCUAUUUAUGGAUUUAUUGUUUACAACCAUGAAAAACACAGGUGUUUAUAAUACAGUAGCCUCAAGUUCCAAUUAUGUAACAUAUCGUACAGAGUAAUGGUAAUACUGUACAGCGCACAUUGUUUUUAAUGGCUAUGAACACAGUGUUGAACAUUUGUGCUGGUACAGUACAGUACCUGUAUCAUACUGGUAAAUGAAUGGUUUCACAAUAAAUCCAUAACAUUGUACAGUACUCAUAAGAUAAUUAUAACUACAGGUACACUCGGUAAAAAAGUAUCUUUCAUGAGAGCUUUGAUGAAUUCCGAAUUGAACAAUCCACGUGCAGGGGAACCAAUGUGAGGUAGGCCUCACGGGCCUUUAUCAAAAACCUUCGUUUGUGGUGUAGUCUUAUUUCGCACAAGAAUUGUAAAGAUAGUUUUUUACCGAGUGUACAUACAUAAUGGUAUAACUGUAUCUAAAUUUUCACCAUAUCUACCAUAACCAUGUAUGUCCCCUACAUUAAUAUACCUGUCAUACUUAGAUGUGUCUGCCUUUUCAGUGUGUGUGUGCCCAUCACCCUGGGUAUUUAUACCACACCUAUGCACCAAAUGUUGUCAUUAUUGUAUUUAUAUUAUAACAGUUUCAUUUUGGCAGAUAAAGAAGAAUACAGUACUAGUUCAAAAUGUUGAAUAUUCUUCAUGAAAUAAUUUAUAAGUACAAAAAUAUGAUUGUCUAAAGUGAUUUAUACAUGACUUGAUUUUUUGUGUAUGUGUUUGUAACAUUUGUAAGGAUUGUUAUAACCUUUCUUACUAACUGUACUCUUGACAAUUUUAUAUAAUCUUGUACAUGGAUGGUGUGAACUUAUAUUAAGUAGGGUAUAUAUGUAUUGUUGAAACAGUGGCAGCAAUGUGAACUACGUAUAUUCUCUAUCACUUGUUUAUUUGAGCACAUAGAUCCAAAUCUAUUGCAACAAAUUGAUGCUUAGGCAAACAUGAGAACAAAUGAUAGGAAAGUCUGUGUUGUGCCAAACUUGGGCCACCACAUUGGGAAAGAAGAUGCACAAGUGAAAAAUAUAAUCAGUGUCUUCUGUAAAAAAAAAAAAAAACUUAUAAUGAAAUACCUGUACAUGUUUUGUGUUUAUAAAAGUAUGAUCAUUAUUUAGUAUACUUUCUGGAGUACAGUACUGUAGAGCCAAAGUGCAACAUCAUGACAUAUUACUGUACUUAUACUGUACUCAAAUUGUUUGCAGAAGUGGAGAAAACAGGCAUUUUAAAGCAAACAUUUUGAUAUUAACACGUAAGACCUCCACAGACUAACGUAGUUUUAUGAUGCAGCAACACCCUACGUACGUAAACUCCUCAGUGGUAGUGCCUCUUCUGUAUAACUUGGUAUACUUGUUUCAUAAUUGUUACAUGACCUAGGCACCUUGCCAUAGCACAAUUUUAUAAUUUUGCACAUGUUUCUUGUUGAUGGCUUUACAGAAUUGAAUUAUAAUACAAAACAAAUAA